AUGAACAGGGCUGGUUAUUGCUGGCGUUGCGAAGCACCCUGUACACAACAUUGUUCACGAUGUGGGAUGGCGUAUUACUGCUCCAAGAAAUGUCAGCAACAAGACAAGUGGCGACAUAAACCCGACUGCGAUGCAGCAGCGUUGAAAAUGCAGUGCUCCGGCUGCAACGCUAAACAGGAGGGAAUGUUGAAGUGCACCAACUGUUUGAACUCCUACUAUUGCAACGCAGAAUGUCAGAGAAGUGACUGGGAGAGACACAAGACUUUCUGUCAGGAGGCUGUUGACAAAACGUUGGUAUUAGCUGGAGAUAUGAAGGAAUUACUUGAGAUCAAAAAGGAUAACCCCGGCCUUCGAUUUACUUAUUACUGGGGGAAUACGCCUGCUGUUGACCUGCUCAACUUGUCAAUGAAUGAAGGGGAAGAGUAUUCCAAUCCACUGGCUUUGUUGCUUUGCGGAGUCGGUGAUCCAAGGAAUGUUCUACUUACGAUUGCUUCGCUGCCUGAUGUUUAUACUCAACAUGUGAGUUUCGUUUUGAAUGACAUCUGUCCUUGUACGUUGGCAAGAACAGUUCUGCUUCUAUACAUAUUAUACAAAGGUAUUUUGGAUUAUUCGUUGUCUAUUUUUUAACAGAUCUACUUGUAUGCGUACUUGUCUGACAGUGUGCCUUAGCGCCAUUAAACAAUGUUAUUUUCAAAUUAUGAGAUUGACAUGACAGUCAUUGACAUUCUUGACAGCCAGUUAAACUGCCUCUACCUAACCUCCACUUCCUUCUGAUACAUUCUCCUCACUUCAUAUCAAUAUCCGUGGUCUACCAAAACACUUUGAUGACUUAUCAGAAUUUCCUCUUACAUUGAACAGGUCUUUCUCCGUUAUUGCUGUUUCUGAAACGUGGUUACAUAGGUCUAAUUCUAAUUUAUUCCAUUUUCCAGGCUAUCAUUUUAUCUUUAGUCACAGAUAACAUAAAGCGGGUGGCGGGGUUGGUCUUUAUAUUCAGUCUCACCUAAAAUUUAAGCUUAGAACUGAUCUCCAAUCUUCUAAAAAUACACUGUAAGAAUCAAUCCUUGUGGAAAUACAACCGCGUAGGAAGAAUAUCAUUGUUGGCUAAUUUAAUCGACCCCCUAAUGCCUCGGUUGCUGAUUUUAACAACUCUCUCGAUGGCAUCUUAUCAACUAUUAGCUUUGAGAAUAAGCUAUCUUAUCUCAUGGGUGAUUUUAAUAUCAAUAUCCUUAACUCAUAAUCCCACCAACCUUCUAAUGAGUUCAUCAAUCUUAUGAUUUUUAAUAGUCUAUUGAUUUCUAAGCCAACUCGCAUAACUUCCUCAACUACAACUCUGAUUGAUAAAAUUUUCACAAACAAUCUUGAACACAGCAUGAACAGUGGCAUUCUCUACACUGAUUUAUCUAAUCAUCUCCCAAUUUUUCAAGUCACUCAUCUAAAAUUAGAUGCUGAAUCAUUUCGCCAACAGAGAUUGGCACGCCCCAUUAACUCCGCAACAAUUGCAGCAUUCAGGUCUAGGUUGGAAACCACUGACUGGUCCCUAAUCUAUAACUCUGACUCUACCAUUGAUUCCUACGACACAUUCUCUAGUCUUCUUAUUUCAGCAUAUCAUAAGUCAUUUCCACUUAAACUUGUAUACCCUGAAUCGCGCGUUCUUCAAAACCCUGGUUUUCAAAAGGUCUCUGUAUCCUGUAACAGGAAGAAUUCUCUUUAUAAACAAUUCCAAAUAAACCCUACAUCAAUUAUUGUAGUUUAAUAUGGGCAUCUAUAUACUUCAUCUAUAUACUUCAAAAGAAAGCCAUUCGUAUAAUUACGUUUGCUCCUCCGCGCACACCCUCUAAGGCCCUUUUCUCUAAGCAUUAAUAUUCUUCCACUCCACUCUUACUAUCUAUAAAUUCCAUGUUGCUUGUUUUGUAUUUUCACAUUUUAAUAGCAUUUUACCUACUCCUGUUUCCUCGAUCCUACGUUUUAAUUCUGAAUAUCACGAUUAUAUGACUGUUCACGCCUUAAUCUGCAUAAAAUCUGUCAUAAGUAUCAAUUUGCCAUCACUUGGCAAGCUCCGAUUAUUUGGAAUGAUAUUCCGUUAACUGUGCGCAAUAGCCUUACAAUAAGUAACUUUAGAAAAAAAGUUAAGACUGCAUUUUUUGAGUACUUGAAUUAGCCUAUGCAUAAAUUGUUGAAGGGCCAUAGAAUUAAUAUUUAAGUUUAUAUUUUUAUCUAACCUUGUGGGACUAUACUAGGUUUAUUUGUUUGUAUGGUUUAUAGGAAUAUAUUAUCGAGUAUUUGUUAAUUUAGUAGUCAUAAUUAGUUGCUAAGUAUUUAAUAAUUACUUGUUGGUUUAAUAAAUCUUAAACUUAAUUAAACUUGUUAAUAAUUUAAUCAAGUCUCCCGUCACCAAUUUUGUAUACCUUGUGAAAGGUCGAACCCAGAAGUCAUUUCAAAAGUAGGUUGAGUUUUAUUGUCCGGGUGAAUGUAGUCCUAAAUAGGACUGUUUUUUUUGGUGACAGUGACUGACGUUUCGACAACCUGUGCGAUAGUCAUCUUCAGAGUAAAAGUGAGUUUUAUCACGUCAUUUGAUGGAAUUUUACUCAUAAUACUAUCAACUGACGUGAUACAACUCACUUUGACUGUGAAGAUGAUUACCGCACAGGUUGUCGAAACGUCAGUCACUGUCAACAACAACAACAGCGUUCAACCCGACGAUCAAACUCAAACUAUUUUUGUAUACCUUGUGGGACUAUACUAGGUGUAUUUGUUUGUAUAUGGUUUGUACGAAUAUAUAUUAUCGAGUGUUUGUAAACGAACGACAAUUUUGCUGCGAGAUAACUAGUUCGUCCAAUUAAAACUGCAAACCAUAUUUCUUUAACAUGUACGAAAAGUCAUUUGUUCAAACAUACGUCACAGCAGUUUCCCAUCUUUAGGUGGGUACGUAUUUGUAUUGCGCAUGCCUGCUCUUUACAGCUUGCUUUGCGAUCAUUCAACGAAAAAUCCUGUUAUAGGAAAUUUAUUAUGAACAAAAUAUUCUCCUAAAAAAUGAACAGCGCAGUCUAGAAAUGUAUUAGAACAACUUCGUUUAUUUCAUUGUCACAAAAGAAGGCUGUAGAGAGUCUUCAAAACAACAAUCAAAAGUAAACAUGGAAUUACGUAUGAACAUUUUAAAAUCUGUUUUGUUAUGUUAGCUUGAUAUCACUGACGACAACUUUGUAUUAAUUUAUGGCCUUGUCCAAUAAGGAAUGCAAGACUUUGAUUUGUUUAAUAUCAAUAGUUUUGGAAGGAGAAUAACUAUGUUUUUAAAGGCUUAUUUUCUUGUGCACAACGUUCAGGGGGAAAUGAGGUCGCUUCUGCAGUGGUCCGUAUUUGGUAUUCUGUCCUCAUUUCUGAACAAGAUUUCACUCUAUUGAUGUCAGCCCUUCAAGAUCUCGUGGCCACAGCCGAACUCAGCACCAUCACUGAUGGCAAGAUGGAGAUUUCUGCUUCCCAGCUCAGCCAGCUUAGGACAGUUUGGGCCACCUGGCUUCGUUUGUCCGAACGCAAGGGACCUUGGGUAGCCAAACUAAGGACGAAAACGAACUCGCUGGAUUCAGGGAGAAACAAUGGCAUACGAAAUUAUAUGCAUGCCAUCCCCAAAGAACACAGGGUUUCCGCACAACACUUUUUUGACACAGGAAUCUUUCAUUCCACUACAAAUGCUAAGGAAGUAACGCGACAAAAUCCUACGUUAACUGGUAGAGCAAUGCUUCAACGCUCAUCCCCCAUGGAGUUUCAGUACAAUAUUCCAUCAGACGUGCUUCCAUUCACGGGAUGGGAUUACAAGGCAAUCAAGAAGGUCUACUACGAUAAAUCACUGCCUUAUAUGUACACCCUCUACAUCUCAAAUAUCCUGCAAAAAUCCUUUAGCAAAAUGACCAGUGAUCGGGUGAAGUUUCAUUUUAUUCUCUGUGACUUUCUAAAGAUCGAAUCUUUCCUUCCUGGGGGACUCAGAUAUGACCGCAUUACUACUUCAAACUUAUGGGACUACUGCCUACUUGGAGAUUUGCUGACCAAAUUCAAGAGGUUUCUAAACAGUGCCAAUCCUCACACGGUCAUGUUGACAGAAACGCACAACUGGUCGCUAAACUAUAUGCACGAAAUCAUUCACAUUUUGCCAUACUUGAAGGGAAUUGAUAAACUGAAUGAGAAAGCUUUUGAAGACACACAGAAUAUGGAACUGGUGAAUUUAUCGGGACUUACCUCUGUUGUGGAAUAUCUUAACUUGACAGAGGAAUUUCUUCGUUUUGUACGCGCAUCUCUUCUAGCGACAUAUACAGAUGAGCAGUUUGCUUUCUUUAAAAGAAAAAUGAAGAUUCCAUCUGUUAAGUAUCUGGUUCGUUCACUGGGGCUGCAUCUUCGAGACUUUGUACGAAACGAAAACACUGUUGCUCCACAUAGAUGGGCGCUUAAUUGUCGUCGAGUUGUCAUGAUGAGAGGUCAUGAAAGAGUUCUGGAGUGGAAACUUGUUUCUGAUUCUGUUACUCAGGGCACAGCAGAAUGA